UUGCCUCUCUGCCCCCUUCGCAUCUCUGCCUUUCCCCAUCCCUCCCCUUUGCAUCUCUGCUCCUCGCAUCUCUGCCCCCCGUACCCUCGCCCCUUGCCUCUCCCGCCUGCCCGGCUCUCAGCCCCCUGGCACCCUCCCUCCUCCCCUUCUCAUCUCCGCCUCGCUGCCUCCCUGCGCUCUCGCCCGGCCCCGGUGCCCCGCAGCCUCCGGGGCAGCCUCGGGGCCGUCUGUCGCCGCUCCCAGCCCUGACCCCCGGCGCUCCCGGCCCGGAGCCGCCCGCGAUGCCCGCGAUGCCGCUGCCGCUGCCGCUGCCGGUGUCGCUGCCGGUGCCGGUGCGGGUGCCGGUGUCGCUGCCGGUGUCGGUGCCGGUGCGGGUGCCGGUGUCGGUGCCGGUGCCGGUGCUGGGGCUGCUGCUGCUGCUGCUGGGGGGCCGGGCGGGUGCCGGGGCCGGCUGCCAGCUGCCGGCGGAGUGGCGGCCGCUCAGCGAGGGCUGCCGAGCCGAGCUGGCCGCGAUCAUCGUGUACGCGCGGGUGCUGGCCCUGCACCCCGACCCCUACGGCGCCUACAACUACCUGCCCUGGCAGAGGGGCCCCCCCGGCGGCCCCCAGCAGGCAGCGGGGGAUCUCUUCUACUCGGCCGAGAUCGAGCUGCUGUGCGACCAGGCGUGGGGCAGCAUGCUGGAGGUGCCCGCCGGCUCCCGCCUCAACCUCACCGGCCUCGGCUACUUCUCCUGCCACUCGCACACCGUCAUGCAGGGCUACGCCUAUUUCUUCUUCCUCCGAAUGGAUGAGAACUACAUCCUCCUGCCACAUGGAGUCAACUUCCAGGAGGCGAUUUUCCCUGACACCCAGGAGAACAGGAGAAUGUUUGCCAGCCUUUUCCAGUUUUCAAACUGCUCGCAGGCACAGCACGUGUUGAGCUUCUCCAGUGACUGGGAGAUUCAAGAGGACAACCGGCUCAUGUGCUCCUCGGUGCAGAAGGCCCUGUUUGAGGAGGAGGACAGGGUGAAGAAGCUGCAGCAGAAAGUGGCAGCGCUGGAGAAGCGCAACAAGCAGCUGCGAGAUCGAGUGAAGAAAGUCAAGAGGUCCCUCCGGCAAGCCAGGAAAAACUCCAGGCACAUGGAGCUGGUGAACAGAAAGCUCAGCGAGAAACUUUCCUCUGCAGGUGGUCAAAUCCCCUAUAUUAACUCUUUGAAGCAGGAGAACUCCCACGGUACCUACCUGAAAGUAUAAUGCAAGGGUAAGUGCUCAGGCCAUGGCAGUGGCGAGUUUUGUCUGCAUUAGAUCAGGGUCUGGCCCUCACGCCUUCUCUAUGCUGUGCUUCAAACCUUGCAUGGAAAAUGAAUCUGAACUUGCUUUAGACACAGUGCCAGAUGAAACAGGGAUGCCAGCUGGAUUUGGCACGGCCCAAAGCCAAUGUUCUCAGUGGACACAGGGCCCGACAGUCGCCUGUGCUUCUCCUCCCUCUCCCACCUCCACCACCAGCUUUAGGUUGUCUUUGAUGGAAGUGCCAGCCCAGACCUCUGGGCCAUUGCAGGCACUUGACACAGAGCUUUUCCUGCCAGUUUUCCUCUUCCUCAUGGGCUGGGCAAGCCAGGCUUGGGAUCUGGAGAGGAAUGGGGUGGGAAGGAUGAAGGCAUGAUGCUCUUCACUCCCUUACCACUCCCAGGCUCUCAGCCUUGCUUGAGCUUGACUGAAGUCUACAUCCAGUGCCUGGGCACAGGCUAUGUCUGAGACUCAGACAGUUUGUGCCUCUCUUCAGCACAGAACAUAGAUGUGCUCAAUCUGUCUUAACUGUCUUUGUUCCUAUAUAUCUUUAAAUAUUCUAAAUUGAAUAUAUAACAACUUUUAUUUUUCCAAGAGUGCCUCAAAGCUCCCAGUAACUCCCUCAGGUGCCUUUAUCACUGGUCAGCCAACUGGGUUGGAAACCACAUCAUUUUGGGACUGUGUCUAAGACCUAAUCCUGCAGUCAGGAGUGGACUUAGCCUAUGAGUGGGUGUUGGAUCAGGCCCAGCAGGCAAUUUCAAAUCCCAUUCUCAAGCAGGUUUAAGUUGCAGUGUGGACAAAGCUUCAAGUUUUGUAGUCACUGAGGUAUAAUGGAGGUUGCUGGGCAGCCUCACUUAGUUACAUUUACAACCUGUAGAGACCACAUCAAUAUCAACUGGGCAUUAAAAAUUUAGGUAGUUUAUAUAUGUAUAUAUUUUAAAAUCCUAUAGAAAAUAUUUUUAUUACACAUUUGAUAUAGUCUAAUUUCUUAAAAUAUGAAGUAAAACCUGUUUCUUGGUUAUCUGGUAAAAAAGAAAA